GGCCCUUCCUGGCGCGCGCGGCCCAUCCCGACUCUACCGAGAGCUCCCUGGGCUCCGCUCUGCCCGGGGCUCUGCUCUGCCCGGGGCUCCCGCCCGCCGCUCCGCCCGGCGCCGCCCGCCGACAUGAAGCUCGUCAGGUUUCUGAUGAAGCUGAGCCAUGAGACUGUGACCAUCGAGCUGAAGAAUGGGACGCAGGUGCAUGGAACGAUCACAGGAGUGGAUGUCAGCAUGAAUACACAUCUCAAAGCAGUGAAAAUGACACUGAAGAACAGAGAACCUGUACAGCUGGAGACGCUGAGUAUUCGAGGGAAUAAUAUCCGCUACUUCAUUCUGCCGGACAGUUUGCCUCUGGAUACUUUGCUAGUGGAUGUUGAACCAAAAGUCAAAUCCAAGAAAAGAGAAGCAGUUGCUGGAAGAGGCCGUGGCAGAGGCCGUGGCAGAGGCCGAGGUCGUGGAAGAGGAAGAGGAGGCCCAAGACGAUAACUUCUCAUCACGCAACUGUUACCAAAUUCUGGGCAAUUUCAGAUAUUUUUUUGUACAGGUCUUGUUUAUGGUAUCCAUUUUUAAUAAACUGAAAUGUGAAAAGGUCGUCUUUCCUUUGUUAGCAGAGCCUGGGGAGGGAGGUGUGUCCUGUUUCCAGGGGCUGUUACAGACUAAGCAGGUCUUGUUGGUGUUGGUUGUCACUGUCCAGAUUUGGCACACCCCUGAAGGCUGUACAAUUGCCUCUUGCUUUUUGCCCCAGAACGAGAGACUUGCGUUGUUGUGCUUUAACGAUGUUUGAAAUUAAUCCUUCUUUUGUAAGGCACUUCCGUCUUCUAAUGGUUACAUAGUUAAGACACUGUAUAAAGAACCCCCAUCCCAUGAGUGUUUCUCAAAUGUUCUUCAGAGUGACUAUUUUAAAGUUCAUAGAUCUAAUUUUAAUGUUUUCUAUUAUAUGAAGCUUACAAUUUAAACAUGUUGCUUUCUUUAUAAAACAUUUACAUAGGGAAAUUAACCAGGUCCGUGGAACUGCUGGAUUGUUACAUCUGAUGAUUAAAGAACACCUGGAUAUGAA